AGGACAUUCCUGUGAAGGCGAGGUCUCCAUAUUGCUGUAUGGCUGUUUUAACUUUUCUUGGAACGAGCUAGGGUGAAUUCGGACUUUGUCGCGACACCAGAGUCACUGGCGUGAUUUUGCAGCGACCAGAGGGGCGGGACUGCUGACGGUCUGACUCAGCUUCUAGAGUCGUCGUUGUUAAUUGGCUGCACGCUAGAAUGUCCUGGGACACUUAAAAACCACAGCUGCCCUGCCUGGCGCGACUCCAGACCAGUAAACCAGCAUCUGGACAGGGUCUGCAUGGCAGUGUAUUCUAAACCAUCCUAGGUGGUGUUACACGGCCGAGAGUGAGACCCAGCCUUCUGAUUCUGACCCCACGAGGAUCCCGAUUAGGACCACUAGCCCCGUGGGCUUCAUCACUUGAUUUCGGCUAAGUUGACCCCGAUUUUGCACAAAAGGCCGAGAAGCGGUGAUGAUGAGCCCGAGUGUUUUUUUGACACAGAUUCCAUUUUGAGCUCCACAGAAACUCACUCUUGGGCUUCCUGCGCCGGUGCUUGCAAAACCGGACUGUCCUUUUUUGUUGGCAGUUUGGCUAUUCAUCCUUAAUAGAGCCUCACCCCCCAUCACUGAAUUCAGCAUGGGGGAGAAGUCAGAGAACUGUAAGGUUCCAGAGGAUAUGUUCAAUGGUUUGAAGGUUACAGAGCCUCAGGAAACAGAGCAUAGGAAACCUCAAGUUCCUGAUCCCAGAGAUCAGCAUUCCCAGAGCAAGCUGCCCAAGGAGGAUGAGGCCCCGCCCCAGGAGGACCAGGGAGAAGAGGAGUGUUUUCAUGACUGCAGUGCCUCAUUUGAGGAGGAGGAGCCAGGAGUGCAUAAGGUUGAGAACAAAGCUGGUGAUGAUGCAAAUACCUCUGAGCUAGAUGAAGAAUACCUAAUGGAACUGGAAAAAAACAUGCCCGAUGAAGAGAAACAGAAAAGAAGAGAAGAGAGCACUAGACUAAAGGAGGAGGGAAACGAACAGUUUAAGAAAGGAGAUUAUGUAGAAGCUGAGAAUUCUUACAGUCAAGCUCUUCAGAUGUGUCCAGCCUGCUUCCAGAAAGACAGGUCUGUUCUGUUUUCAAACAGAGCUGCUGCAAGGAUGAAACAGGACAAGAAGGAGAUGGCCAUUGGUGACUGCAGCAGAGCAAUUCAGUUAAACCCCAGCUACAUCAGGGCAAUAUUGAGAAGAGCAGAGUUGUAUGAGAAAACAGACAAACUAGACGAAGCCCUGGAAGAUUAUAAAUCUAUAUUAGAAAAAGAUCCAUCAGUAUAUCAAGCAAGAGAAGCUUGUAUGAGAUUACCUAAGCAGAUUGAAGAGCGCAAUGAAAGACUAAAAGAAGAAAUGUUAGGUAAACUAAAGGAUCUUGGAAACUUGGUUCUCCGACCUUUUGGGCUCUCCACAGAAAAUUUCCAGAUCAAACAGGAUUCCUCUACUGGCUCCUACUCCAUCAAUUUUGUUCAAAAUCCAAAUAAUAAUAGAUAACAAAGAUAACAGUAGUCAUACAAGCUGACUGGGAGGUUGUGUGCUGCUUGCUGUUUGCAAGGGGCAAAGCCCUGCAGCGUUUAUUUUCAAAAGCAUCUUACCUAAGAGAAAGGCUACCAGUAGAGCCUUGUGCCGCCUUCCCGCUCUCGUUUUAUGGUGAGGCUGAAAUGUACUUCCCAAUGUAUGAGCCUAAUUUGAUUUCCAUUUUAAGGUGGUGUUUGUGCAGCUGUUAUCCCUGGUUCUGGCUGUCCCUUGUCCAGGAGGAAGCCUGCUUGUCAAGGCUGACCUCCUGGAGCCGCCCAGUGUCCUAACCCUAGCCAGCAGAAGCCGCUCCCUAACCAAGCAAGCCUGUCAUGGGAGAUGACCAGUGUGAUGACCAGGGUCCCCUCCUGCAGCCCCUCCCUGCUUACACAUGCUCAGAGGCUGCUGUGCAGGGUCUCCAGCACUCCCCGACUUCCUCUGUGGUAAUAAAAGCUUUCCGUGACAGUC